AUGAGCAACCAACCAUGGCUAGACAGCCUGUCAGACGACUGGCCGUCGGUGCCUGCCACUCCUACCACUCCCGCUCCAUCGAACCCGUCACAGAACCUGUUGUCCUUGCGGCGCAAUAGUGUGCAGAACUCCCCUAGUCGCAUUCCGGUACCUGCACGCCGAUCUGUGGAACAAUCCCCAGCCGACGACAAGAAAAAGGUUACCCGACCAUGUCAUUUCCAUAGGAAAGAACCUCCCACACCGAAGACCCCGCGAACUCCCAAAACACCUACAAAACUGCGAUCGCCCAUCCCGCCCAAGACCAGAACAAGGACGCCCAGGAGCUCCAAAGUCACUCCAAAGUCUACGUCCAAGGCCCGCGCGAAGCCAACCCCGGGUGCGGCUGAAAAGCAAGCGCCAACCAUGGAUACGCGCUCCCCGCUACGGUCGGUAUCCAACGUCUCCAAACAAUCAGACUACGAGGCGGGCGACACGGUCCAGAUCAAACCCAAAAAGGGCGACGAGGGGGAAGCUACACCCGAAUGGCGGAAACGACUGGUACGUGGGGAGAUUCCGGUGGGAGAUCAACGCGAUCUGUUUGCGCCGAUUGGACUUGAGAGUGUAUUCAAGCCCCCGACGCCAGGAUCCGGAGCUGGCCAACCAGACUCCAUCCCCUUUACCCGACAGGACGACCAGCUGUGGGACUUCACCGACAAUACCUCCCACCGAGAAAGCUCUACAAGACAGGCACAGGGGGAGGAGGAUUAUAGUGAACGCGUCGGUGAAGGUGACUACUCGGGUACUGGCAUAGAAUCACCAUUUGGGACGGUGAACCAUCGGGCACACUGGGCCGAUAAGCGACCAGGGAGCAAUCAUGCAGAUCAGUCGGGCCUGUCACAUGGAUACACUGAAACUCGGACUGCUAGUGGGCUAGAGGACCUUCGCAAUGAGGGAAUCACACCGAUUACGUUCACGCGAAACAAUACACUAGAAGGGACUGCCACAACAGAGGUGAUCAAGUCGGCAUUGAAACAAGUGACGAGCAAGCUUGAGAGCUUGUCUAUUGACAAUAGUCGCCCUGACUCACCAGCUAGUGACAGUUUCCUAUUUUAUAACCAUAGUGAACCCCGGCCGGAGGGUUCGCCAAACGAGGACAGUUUAUUGGAUGUAACCAGUCACUCCUUGCCUCAGGACUUGUCAAUGGGAACAUUGGACUUCAGUCGCCGCAAAGUUCACCGUCCUUUCCACCAAUUCUCCCCCUCGCCCUUUCCUUCCCAGCACUUGUCCCCCACGACCCUCGCCAACGCCAAAACUCGCAGUUCUCCCCUCUUCAAUCGCUCUUCAAACGGAUCACCUACAUUGCCUCGCCCCUCCUCCUCUCAUGUCCGACCGUCAACAUCCGAUGAUAACACUUCAAAACAAGACACAAUGCCCUCGUCAGGAAGCCCAUUGAAGCUGUUUGGCGAGCAUGAUACAUUUACAAACAACAGGCUUCUUCGGCGGAUGAGUCAAUUUGAGGAAACAUUUGGGGACGGUUCGGGGUCGGAGGGAGACGAGCCGCCAUCACCAUCAGAAGAGGCACGAAGGAAGGGAGAAAAUCGAAGCUUACUCAAUGUUCGACAUGAGCCAUUGAGUGAGAUAUCUCCUCGACGGAAUGAGCGAGGCUCAUCUCGAAACGUUGUAAACCCUCGUCUGUCUCGGUUCGGGGACGGGGAACUGGAUAAAUUCGACUUCUCAGACACGAGCCCGUACGAGCCUAACUUCACUUAUGGCGAUGUACCAGGUUUUGAGUCCCGCCCCUCCUCCCGAAGAAUAUCGUCGAAUCGUCAACAAUACCUUCAACGGGGGUCACAGGUGGGCUCUUUGCAAUAUGCCAGAUCUGCAAGCUCCAGCUUUACCCGGAAACCAUCCGCCUGGACUCGCCAAAGCUACUUUGAUCAUUUACGUGAUGCAACCGCUUCGUCACGCGCCAAUAAAGAAAACAUCGCGCCGUCUGAAACCAAGAGAGUUCCCAAAGCAGCGGCCAUGGACCCGAUUCCAAAGCGCCGACGAACUAUUUUGCGCGAUGACAGCGCCGAACCGGAACGAGCCCAUUCCAAUGGCGAUCCAGCAAAAUUUGGCGAAAGCAUGUCCUUGCUGCAGAGAAGCUUGAUGCAACAGGGCGUGCAGCUCGAGAAUGGGGAUUACCUCGCUCCUCCCGGCCUCUCUCAGUCCAUGCAACGACCUAGGACCCCGACUCCUAGUCAGAUCCGGUCUAUGCACGGAUCGAAGGUGUUACCGAGCAGAGAGUACUCGGAAUCAAAUUUUGAUAACCUUGACUACUCGGACUCGUUCUCCAUUGAAGGUGACAUACCACUAGUCAAGAUUACUGGGGCAAGUGACACAUCGCGCAAAGGGUCUAUCACAACCCAAGACUACUUGAACGAAGCGACGAAAAUCAUGGAUCUGAUCCGAGCUAAAGGCCGCCCAGUACCGGGGUUAACGAGCGUUCAGGAGUCCGAUGGGGAUAGUGAAGAUGGAGAGGUCAGCUACGAUGACGAAUCUACUCGGGAAGCAUUUUCUCGCCCCCCAAGCCGUGAUGGCACGAAUACAGAUUUCCGCAAAAUUCGAGAGCCAAAAGAGUUGAAUGCUCAAGUUCUGAACUACUUGAAACAAUAUCAAGAGAAAGAUGAUGGUGAUUUUGGGACCACUGGAUCGGUCAUGUCAUUCAAUCAUGAAGCAGAGCUCAAGCCCGAUGGCUCCCGAAGGGUGGUUUCCGGAAGGAAACGCAAGACAAGCAGCACUUAUGAUGAUGUCGCGGACACCAUCGCACAAGACUUGAUGACAAUUAAUACCCAAAUGUCUGGCUUCAGUGUUCACUCCGUACACACAGGAUCCUCGCAAAACUCCCAGGCGAAAGGAGUAUUAUCAUCCGAUCUGGUCGCUCAUCUUAUCCCAGAGCAAGUCAACGGUUUUACUUACGACAAGUCCAAAAAUUUAUGGAUCAAGAACGUUGCAGAACAACCAGCUCUACAAGUGUCUCAUGAUGAUGAAAACGAAAACAACGAUCCGUUCCAGGACAUCCCUGACUUAAGUGUGGAUGAGUUGCAGGAAAUGAUGCGAGUUCACGGCCUUGAUUCUCCGUCUAAGCGGUUGUCAGCGAAUCAAAACCUAGACUCCCACGCUCGCGCUGGAGGUACUUCACCAAAGAAGGGCGAUGUUAGACCACACACAAGAGACGGAGAUCCCUCAGUGAAUGCAAGCUCUGUUCAGUCCAGAGCCACUCGGUUUACAUCAAGUGUUCCAAAUUCCGGAACCCGAGCAACAUCAUGGGGCACAGACGAAAGUCAGGCGAGAAAUGACUCCGCGAGCCAGAAUGCCAAAAGGCCCGAUGACAUAGAUCCCCAGGCGCAAAACAAGCAGACUCGGGUUGCAACAAUCUCAUUUUCUUCACCUGUCGUUUCUCAGGUCGCAUACACGGACGACGACGAGGCUUCCAACCCCGACACUGAAUCACAUCAGUCAGCACACAUUGACGAAGGGAAGCAUAACGAGAACCCACGGUCUGCUCUUCCACCUCCCCGUCGUGAAACCUCCGUAGCCGGGCAGCCAUUCAUUCGGCGUCCCGUGUCGAGAAUUGAUGAACGGAAUGAAGAGGGAGCUGAAGAUCUCAGCCUUGUUCACAGAAACGAUUCACUGGGUGUGCAACAGACUCCAAGUGGUGAUGCCAUUGGAAAAUCCUUGGUUCCCAUUCACUCAGGUGACCAUGAAACAAGUUACAGCUUCCAUAUGAGUCCGCUGCCUGAUUUCUCAGUCAAUCAACCAGAUCACCCCCUGAACCUAGAAAUGAGCUAUGUGGCAAACCGCACGCAUCCGACAUCACUGAGACAGGUUCAUGGUCAGUUUGCCCUUGCCACAGAGCAAUUGAUCAAGCACAUCACCGAUGUGCAGCCAUAUGAACCAUACUGGGAAGACGUACGCCGCUUGGUACUGCGUCAAAAGGGGCUGAUUACCUUGCACAAGCUGAGUGAUUUCUGCCCUCGACUUGAGGACCUCGAUGUCUCCGACAAUGAUAUUGGGCAGUUGAGUGGUGUUCCAACCAGUCUUCGAACUCUCAAGAUUCCCAGGAACUCCCUGUCCAAUCUCACACCAUGGGGCCACCUGACUAAUUUGCAAUACCUGGAUAUUUCUGGAAAUGAUAUUGAGACCCUCGAUGGUUUCUCUGGUCUGAUUCACCUUCGGGAAUUAAAGGCGAAUGACAAUCAAAUCCGGAACAUCGAUGGCAUUCUUGACUUAAAUGGCCUGCUGAGCCUGAAAUUGAGCAAUAAUUCGUUGACAACCGUGGACUUCGAAAGCACAGAACUAACUCGACUUCGCGACCUUGAUCUAAGUCACAAUUGCUUGACAUCUGUCCGCAACAUCGAGUGGCUCCCAUCACUGGCCACUCUUGAUGUUAGCGCCAAUCAAAUCACUCAAUUCGAGGCGUCAACAUCCCUCAUCAGCCUGCGAGCGCUGAAACUCUCCGCCAAUCGUCUGAGUGCCUUGGAGCUGAAGAACUUUUCUUCUUUGAGCCUCUUAUAUGCUGAUCAUAACGGUUUGUCGACCAUUACCGGGCUGGAACACUGCCAUAAUCUAGAAGUUCUCUCUGUGCGAGAACAGACCCAAAUGGGAGAUACUACGUCUGGUAUUACUUUGGACCUCGACCUCGGAUCCGCAAAGGACAUCCGUAAAGUUUUUCUGUCGUCAAACAAGCUUGCCUCUCGAUGCCUCUCUCCUUCGUCUCCUUUACUUCGACUACAGCUUCUCGACAUUGCCGCGUGCACUUUGCCUGCUCUCCCAGGCGCAUUCGCCUCUAGCUUCCCGAACCUCAAAGUGUUGAAUAUGAACUUCAACUCUUUGACCGAAUUGGAACCUUUGGUGGGUAUGCACUGCCUUGCGAGGUUAACCAUGGUUGGAAACCGACUUUCGAGAAUGCGGCGCAUCUGUCAGAUCCUCAGCCGACUUGGAAGAACAGGAAGGGGCAAUCCGUGCUCCCUUCGCAAGCUUGAUAUUCGUGGCAACCCCCUGACAGUCGGAUUCUACCCUCCAGCUCUGACUGGCAAUGGAAGCAAUGCCGAGCGCAAGAAAUUGAAGGACCAAGAAAAGGCAGUCGCUCAUUUGCAAGAAAACCGACGAGAUCUUUCUGAUGCUUUGGCUGACGUUGAUCCCAAUGACCAAGUCGCACAGCCCGUCACCUGGGAUGACAGCGCCAAGUCUGAUCGUGAUAGCGAGAUCAACGAUCCUCUGACUCUUCCUCUGGCGGAUCCUCAGGCAGACGAAAAAUAUCUCCAGCGCCUAGACCGUGCCACUCGAUUGCGCCGGCGGGUCCUGGAACUUUUACUUUAUGCCGGAACUAGCGGCUCCCUUCAAACAUUGGACGGGCUGGAUCUUCGUCCAGUCCUUGGGGACGACUCAUCGGAUAUGAAUCAAGCGUGGGUUAGGCUCGAGGAACUGGGUGUUCUUCGAAAAAAGGCGAUUACCGACAAGGCGUGA